UUCUGGAUUUUCAAUAGUCAUAACAAUAAUCAUUAAAUUGAAAUUUAAACACAAGUUGUACUAACCCGUAAUUUUGUUGAUUAACCUAUAGUUUAUAGUUAGAACUGUAAUUGAACGUGUUGCUUGUAAUUACGAUUAAAAAUUAAAAGCAAUUAAAAUGAACGACUUUGUCGACAGUCAUGUCGAGAGCAUGAUUACGGAAAUGAAACUGAUGCUACGAUAUAAUCUUUUUACUAAGGAUGAAGUUGAGUUGCUGAUUAGAAGACGCAAAAAUUUUGAAAAUCAAUUAAAAAAGCAUACUAAAUCUAAAACUGACUAUGUGAAUCUCAUAACUUUGGAAACAAAUCUUUUUCGAGAACUCAAAAAACGACGAGAGCAAUACAAUAUGAAGAAAGACGUAGACAAAAUUGAUUUUCCUUUAGCACGACAUAUAGAUAGCUUGUACAAAAAUGCACUCAAUUCUUUUGCCAGUGAUGUUUAUUUAUGGACAUCAUACAUUCAAUUUUGUACAACUGCUGGAUUUAAUGAUUCAAUUUCUAAAGCAUUUGGUAAAAUGUUACAAAUACAUUCUGGUAAACCUCAGCUAUGGCUUAUGGCAGCUAAGUGGGAAAAAGAGAAAAAUAGAUCAUUGGAAAAUGCCCUUGCUUAUUUAGUUCGGGGUUUAGUACAUCACACAAAUGACGUUCUGUUGCAUACUGAAGCUUUUAAUAUAUCGCUAUUACAAGCACGAGAUAAAAAUGUACCAGACAUUACUCAAGCUGAAAUAACAUACGAUUCAGCUUUGAAAAAUGUAAAGGAUGUUCAUUUUCUUAUAGGUUUGCUUAAAAUUUGUGAGCGCUAUAAUUUUGUUGAGAAUUUGGAGAAAAAGAUAAUUAAUGAUUUAAAAGCCAUGUUUCCUAAAGAUGAAAUUGUUUUUCAUACUAUUGCACAAAAAGCUCUACUCAAUAGAAAUUCAAAUCAAUUAAACUCUACCGAAAGAUUUGAAUUAUGCAUUUCUAUGUACAAAGAUGCAGUUAAAGAGUUACCUACAGAAAAAAUGUGGUGUUAUUAUAUUGAUACCCUAAUAGAGUUAAAUGAAGAUAAAGACAUAUUUAUAGUAGAUGAGAGAAAGGCUUUAGAAAUAGCACUGGAAGAUGGUUAUAAAGCAAAUAUGUUAAGUGUAAGGCAUUACCUACAAUGGUUUGAUAUUCUAAGUUCCCAAAUUGGCAACGAAGAAAAAAUAUUAAAAAUUAUGAAUGAAGUAACUUCCAAAAAUGAAGACUCUUUAGAUCUCUGGAAGGCUUCUUUACGAUUUCAUAUAAAACACAGUGACUCUGCAAUGGUUAAACAAGUUUUUGACCAAGCAGUCGCAGCACUAGGAGAAAAUUCUUUAGCAAUUUGGAAAAUAAUGAUAAUGUAUUAUUUAAUAGACCUGGACUGUAAUGAUAAAUUGAGAAUUCUAUACAUAGAGGCUUUGAAACAGCCAGCAGCAAUUUCAGAGUUUAUAAAACCUAGAUAUUUAGAAUGGUUAACUGUAACCAGAAAUAUAGUUUGGGCUCGAAAUGCAUAUAGAGCAAUGGCCACACUACCUCCCUUUUGCUUGGAGUUGCAUAGAAAAAUGGCAUUUUUAGAAUCUUUGCAGUCUGAGCCUGAUUUCAAAAAUUGGAGAGAUAGUUAUUCAAAUGCUGCAUAUUUGUUUGGCAAAAAUAAUAAAGAUGUUUGGAUAGAUUUUAUUAAGUUUGAGAUGGAGCAUGGCGAUGCUUCACAAAUACCUCAAAUCUGUGAAAAGGCCAAAGAAAAUUUGAACCCUGCAUUGUUAGAUAUAUUCCAAUUAGACUUUAAUAAAAUGGCAUGCUCGAAAUUAGAGAAUGAGAAAUAGAAACUUUAACAAUUUUAU